UUGCUUUUCCCAAAAUUGUCUGAAGUUCACAAAGGGAUUGAGGCGAAAAAAAACGCAAAGCUAUGCUUCUUGUACGGCUCGCAGACCGGUAACGCGACGGAAAUUUGCAAAAAUCUCGCCGCCGAGGCGAGCGAGAAGGGGUACCCCGUGGAGGUGUGCGCGAUGAAUGAGGUCGAGCCAGAAGAUGUCAUCAAACCUGGCGCUGUGAUUACGUUCGUCGUAUCCAGCACCGGCGACGGUGACGCUCCGGAUAACUGCGACACAUUCUUCACUCGCCUCAAGCGCAAGGCAAAGAAGGAAAAAGGCGAGGGCGCCAUCGGCGUCCAGUACGCCGUCCUAGGACUGGGUGAUCAAAACUACAGCGCGUUCAUGGCUGUGCCGCGUCAGUUCUCGCAAACGAUGGAGAACUUGGGCGCGAAGUGUUUCGCUAAGCGCGGUGAAUGCGACGACACACUUGGUUUGUACGAACAAGUUGACGCAUGGACGAGCACGUUUUGGUCUCAUCUCGAAGUCGCUCGAGGAAACUCACACAAGUUGCGCGAGGGUGAGACAAUCUGGCUGCCGAAAACGACAGAAGUGGUUGCUAAUCGCGUCGCGCCCGGUCCAGAUUCCGAAGGUGCAUACACCGUCUCCUCGCCGUACAUGGCGACUAUUCACAAGCGUGAGGUACUCACAAACUUGAAAUCCGAUCGGCGAGUGUUGCACAUGGAGUUUGAUCUCGGAUCAAGUGGGAUCUCUUACAAGCCGGGAGAUUCCAUUGGCAUCGUACCGCAGAACGACGCCGAGCUGGUUCGAGCCAUCGUCGAUCGGCUGGGUCUCGAUCAAGCCGCCAUUUUCACGCUGAAUUGGAAGAAAGGUGACACGAAUGAACACGCGACUCAUCCGUUGCCGCAUAUUCACACCCCGUGCACGGUAAAGAGUGUGUUCACGAAUUAUAUCGACAUCACGGGAUGUCCGCGUAAGUCGCUCCUUCGCGUUCUCGCCGAACACUGCGGCAACGCGGAGGAAAAAGACGCCCUCUUGCACCUUUCAUCGCGUGGUGGUCGAGCAGAAUACGAAACACAGAUUCGCGCGCAGUCACCGACGCUAUUGACGCUCUUGAACAAUUAUCCGAGUUGUUGUCCUCCGUUAGCCGAGCUUUUAGAUGCCCUCUCUCCGCUCGCGCCGAGACUGUAUUCGAUCACAUGCGCGCCCGAGGUGGCACCAACAACGCCGUCGGUUGCCUUCAGUGUCGUGCGGUUCCAGGUACCCAGCGGUGAACAUCGCCUCGGCGUCGCCACGAACUGGCUCGACGAGAUAUCGGUCGACGACAAGUGCGAGCACAAAGUCCCGGUGUACAUCAAGCCAAGCUUGAAGUUCGGCCUGCCCGAAGACUCGAGCGCGCCGCUAGUGAUGAUUGGUCCGGGUACCGGCGUCGCACCAUUCCGCGGUUUCCUCCAGUCCAGACGCGCUAAAGCACAAAAAGGCGGUCGAUUAUCUGAAGCUAUGUUGUUCUUCGGCUGUCGCAAGGCAGAUGAGGACUUCCUGUACGAAGCCGACUGGAAGAGUUUCACCGCCGAUGGCUCGCUGACAAAGCUCGUCUGCGCCUUUAGCCGCGAGACCGCAGAAAAGGUAUACGUGCAGCACAAAAUUGAAGAGCACGCCACCGAAGUCGCGCGCUUAAUCUCUGAGGGCGCUUACGUCAUGGUAUGCGGCGACGGCGCGCACAUGGCCAAGGAUGUCCACGCCGCCCUCGUCCGCGUCGUCGCUCAAGCCGGCGUCUGCGGCGUCUCUGACGUCAAAGCCGCCGAGGCUCUCCUCGCCGACUUCACUAAAUCCGGUCGUUACGUCCGUGAUAUUUGGAGCUAACGCACGCGCGUUCGUAUUGUUUAGAUUU